UCUCAAGCGCAAUUACCAGAAGAUGUUGAUCAUAUUCUUUUUACUGCUGAUGCUCAGAGUGGGGCGAUGCACAGACAGUCUGAUCUUUGAGACGAAGACUGUUGGUGUUGGAGACAAUGUGACUUUGACGUGUACCCGCCAGACAUCUGCUCUGGAGCAAGAAACCUUGUUUUGGUUCAGGUUAAUUUCUGGAGAUUUGCCUGAAUUCUUGGGAGGAACAUUUUCCUUUGAUUAUGAUGGUGUUAACAAGACUCCUCGCAUUACAGCAAAACAAGAGCCUGGAACAUUUCUCCUGCAUAUUAGUCAAACAAAGCUAAGUGAUACUGGAGUUUACUACUGUGUCAAAGUAAAAGACCUUGACAUGAUAUUUCUGAAUGGAACAUUUCUGAGAGUUAAAGGACCAGAACCUGAUUUCACUGCUGUAGUUCAAGUCCCUCUGUCUGAUUCAGUCCGUCCAGGAGACCCAGUGACUCUGCAGUGUUCAGUCCUCUCUGACUCUGAGAAGAAAACAUGUCCAGGAGAUCACAGUGUGUUCUGGUUCAGAGCUGGAUCAGAUGAAUCUCAUCCCAGUUUAAUUUACACUCAUGGAAACAGUGGUGAUGAAUGUGAGAAGAGUCCUGAGGCUCACUCUCCACAGAAAUGUGUCUACAACUUCUCUAAGAACAUCAUCUCCUCUGAUGCUGGGACUUAUUACUGUGCUGUGGCCUCAUGUGGAGAGAUAUUAUUUGGAAAUGGAACAAAACUGGACACUGAAGUUUAUUCACAGAAAGAAAAUACAAUUAUCUAUCUGGUGUGUGCUGCUCUGGCUAUAAGUCUGAUUGUUAUAGCCUUCCUUGUUUAUGCCAUUGUGAAAAAAUCCUGUGAUUGUUGUAACGCUGCUGUCACUCUGCAAACAAAUGCUGCAACAGCCAGUGAUGGUCAGCAAAUUCAGCAAACAAAUGAGGACUCUUUGUUUUAUUCUACACCAAACUUUACCAGGAGGAAAGCUGGCAAAGCAGGCAAACGAAACGCAACAGCAAAGGAAGAGACGAUCUACACUGACGUCAGGGCUUUUGUGAUAUGAUCUAUGAUAUAAAUAAUGGAUUUAGUAAUGGAUGCUUAUGUAUGUUUUGUUGCAUAGUACGUGGAAAAAUACACUGCGACAGCAGAGGUAGCACCUCAGAAGUUAAAUAAACUGAAAGAUGUUUUGUUCGUAACUUUGACAUUAUAUUUCUAUAUGUUUUCAAAGUGUUUGCAAACAAUGAAUAAUAUUUCUGAGAAAAUUAAUCAUUAUGAUGCAAAAAUAACCACAUUUAAGUUACGCUUUUGGUGAGAUCCUGUAGCAUUGCGUAUCCCAUAUCUAUUAAAGUUAGUUUCAUUCAUCUUUAAAGACCCGUGAAGGAUUUUAACUGUUUUAAGACUGUUAACUGCCUCU